CUCCCAGCCCGGUUGAUCUACCGACACGCUUAUAUCUCCUUCGCCAGAGUAAAGUGAAUCUGUCUCUAGGUCAACUACUUCCUGUCUCCCCACGCUCUGAACCUCCUUAGGGUUUGUACGGUCGCUGACACAGCCACGAAGGAAAGACGAUUAAGGAUCCAAUUGAAAGACAUAAGAUGGGUAACCUCUGUUGCAUUCAAGUUGACGAGUCCACAGUAGCUAUUAAGGAGAGAUUUGGCAAGUUUGAAGAAGUACUGGAACCUGGGUGCCAUUUUCUUCCUUGGAUUCUCGGAUAUCAGCGAGCUGGCAAUCUUUCACUCCGAUUGCAGCAGUUGGAUGUGAAUUGCAAAGCCAAGACCAAGGACAAUGUGUUUAUCAAUGUUGUUGCAUUUGUGCAAUAUCGAGCCCUUGCAGACAAAGCAUAUGAUGCCUUUUACAAGCUUAGCGACGUGAGGAGUAGGAUCCAGACCAAUGUGAUCCAUGUGAUCCGAGCUGGUGUUGCAAAACUAAACUUGGGUGAUGCUUAUGAGCGGAAGAACGAAAUUGACAAAGCUGUUAAAGAUGAACUCGGAAAGGCUAUGUCUGACUAUGGGUACGAGAUUGUGAAAACAUUGAUCGUUGGCAUUGAACUGGAUGGGCUUGUUAAGCUGGUUAUGAAUGAAGAAUAUGCUGCAAACAUGAAGGCUGAAGGGGAAAUGUUUCGGCAAAUCAUGAGAGCUGAAGGCGAUACUGAGUUAAAGUACCUUUCUGGGCUGGUUAGUGUGCUUGGAUUCUCAGAGAACAAUAUGUCUGCCGUUCCUUCAUCACUUGCGAGGAAGAAAUAUUUCCCUGAAGAGUCAAGGAAGAAAUAUUUCCCUGAAGAGUCAAGGAUGAAAUAUUUCCCUGAAGAUUCAAGGAGGAAAUAUUUCCCUGAAGAUUCAAGGAGGAAAUAUUUCCCUGAAGAUUCAAGGAGGAAAUAUUUCCCUGAAGAGUCUUAAUACGGUGGUUUACAUUGUGUCUUGAGUGCGUCUUAUGCAUAUGAAAAGAUAUGAAUGACUCAAUUUGUAUCAGUAAUUAUAUCCUAUGCUAUGAUCGUGCUUCCGCUUCCCAACUGUCGUAAUCUUCUUUGUUCACUGAGUGCAUUUGCUUUCUAGAGGUUCCUUCUUCUGAAAUCUUGGCCGGGGAAGAUUAGACUGGAUGGACUUGUUGUCGCCCUUCUGCAACCUAAGAUCUAGUUUGCCACUGAAAGUUACAAUAAACUAGGCAACAGAAUGAAUGUCA